AGGAUACCAACACUGAUUUAAAACAGAUGAUCUGCGUUAGGAUACAGUAUUUUCUGCAUAAUAACACAAGUUAAGGAUCUCUCAAUUUGCGCAGGUGCAUGCAUGUACGGCAGCAAUCGCCUCUGCAGAACGCAUCGGACUUUCUGAUUGGCCAACCUUUGCGCAAAUUUGUGAAUGGUUUUCCUCUUGGAAGAAUGGGAAGUGUGGCUGCCUGGACUGUUUUCCUAGCAACCCGAACCGGAAUUUUUUAAUACGCUUGUGUCGUUUAAUGAUUGUAUUGACUCUGUCAAAAAAUGUCGGCCGAGGAAGGUGCUCACAGUCCGGACCAGCUGAAUAAAUUCGUGAAACUGUCAGGGAGGCCUUCUCUCAGAGUGGCAGGCUCUAAGAAGAGAGUCCGCUGGCUUCAGGCUCGACGCAUCCUCACCCAACCUUGCCCCAGCCUGCGGAUCCCUAACAGGUUUUUGAGAGAAGGCCACCGUGCCCCUCCCGCCCGAAGUGGCCACCGCUGCGUGGCAGACCAGAGCAACCUGUACGUCUUCGGUGGCUACAACCCGGACUACGACGAGUCGGGCGGUUCGGAGAACGAUGACUACCCGCUUUUCCGCGAGCUGUGGAGGUACCACUUCGCCACGGGCACCUGGCAGCAGAUCCACACCGAGGGCUACAUGCCCACUGAGCUGGCCUCCAUGUCUGCCGUUUUGCACGGAAACAACCUGCUGGUGUUCGGCGGCACAGGCAUUCCAUUUGGUGAAAACAAUGGAAACGAUGUUCACGUCUGCAACGUGAAGUACAAACGAUGGUCGCUGCUAAACUGUAGGGGGAAGAAACCAAACCGAAUCUAUGGACAGGCGAUGGUCAUCAUAAACGGCUUCCUGUACGUGUUUGGGGGAACAACGGGCUACAUCUACAGCACAGACCUCCACCGGCUGGACCUGACGACCCGCGAGUGGAUCCACCUCAAGCCCAACAACCCCCCUGACGAUCUCCCUGAGGAGAGAUACAGGCAUGAAAUAGCACAUGACGGACAAAGGAUAUACAUCCUUGGAGGUGGAACCUCCUGGACUUCUUACCCUUUAGACAAAAUACAUGCAUACAACUUGGAGACCAACUCCUGGGAAGAAAUAGUUACGAAACCUCACGAAAGAAUAGGGUACCCUGCUCCAAGGAGGUGUCACAGCUGUGUACAGAUUAAGAGUGAUGUGUUCAUAUGUGGGGGUUACAAUGGCGAGACAAUCCAGGACGACCUGUGGAAGAUCAGCCUGCGGACAUUCCAGUGGACCAAGCUCCCCGCCAUGAUGCCAGAGCCAGUGUAUUUCCACUGUGCUGCAGUCACGCCGGCGGGUUGUAUGUACAUCCACGGUGGUGUGGUCAACAUCUACGAGAACAGGCGAACCGGCUCGCUCUUCAAGAUCUGGCUGGUGGUGCCCAGCCUGCUGGAGCUGUGCUGGGAGCGGCUGCUCAAGGCCUUCCCCCACCUGCCACACCUGUCCACCAUGCAGCUGCUCAACCUGGGCCUCACGCAAGAACUGAUCGAGCGGCUGAAAUGACGCACAGCGCAGCCAGACUCGAGGGCCGUCGGAGCGGCCAGGGGACAAGACUGAGACCGACGAGAGAGAAUUGGUACAGAGGGAGGACGAUGAACUUGACAGUGAGCACAGGAAUUAGGUUGUUUGUUUGUUUGUUUGUUUGUUUUUUUUAAGAGACUUCACUCUCUCCCCGAUUCUCCCCCAGCCCCGAACCCUCUGGUGAGGAGGCGUACUGCAAACGUAGCCGCCUUAAAACCAAAUGAACUAUGGGAUGCCUUUUUUUUUUAUCGCCCAUUCUUCCCUUUUUCUGCCAACCUCUUUUUUUUUUUUUUUUUUUUUUGUUUUUUUUUAACUCAAACUAGCUGAAGAGGAAUUUUUCAAGUGCUCAGAAUUUUCUUCUUGCCCAUGGAUUUUUUUUUUACCCCUUUGCUUCUGACCAGCGUGCCCUACUCCUGAUACAGGCCUGGACGGCAAUACUUUAGUUCACACUUUUAUUACUCAUUUUUAACUUGUUUUUUUUUUUCUUUCUUUUCAUCUUUUGUUUUUGUGGAUAUAAGGAUGCUCGUGCCAGCUGAAGCUGCAUGCACCAUCGGAACUCGCACGUUUUGUUUGGGUGUCGUUGCUCAUCUGGCCAAGUUGGGCUAGAGUGAGAUUAUUAUUGUUUUCUUUUAAGACUAAUGCUGUUUGAAAGAACGUUUGAAAGGGUUUCAUGAUUUCCGUUCAACCAGCUGGUUCACGUUGUGUGUGGGGGAAUAACAUAACCACAGGAGAGCUGUUUUUUCUAACACCCAAAUGGAAGGCCUUAAUUCUGCUUGAUGAUUCUGGUGCAUGUUUAAGUGGAUGGAGCUCAGUGAUGGAAGAACUAGCCUACCAGUUGCUCUCUUUUAUAGUCUGCUGUUACAGACACCAACCCUGACUAUAUUUUGCAUCAGUUUUUUUUUUUUUUCUUUCGUUCAGAAUUCAACCCUACAUACACACACACAUAUAAAUGGCUGUGUUGCUUUUAACAGUAUCAAACACUGUUCAUUAUCCCAUCUUUCUGUUCAGUUUUCUCCCUUACAAACAGCCCUGUACAGUUGUCAUGUAAACCAAACGUUACAUCACUGUGAAUAUGGUGCUUCUGAGAUUUUUUUUUCUCUUAAAUUAUUGAAUUCAAAUAAACGUGCUCCCUGCCAUGUUGCAAAUUGAACCCAUCACAUCCCCAACCCCCUUGUGCCAUUUUUAAUAAUCAUUUAGACCCCCCUGAAACAACACGACUGACAUACUUUAAACUGAUGCCGUGCCUUUUCCUCCCCCAAGUAAAGUUUUAAUGUUUUGCUAAAUAAGAGGUUUAAUUUAUGUCUGGAAGGUGUCGACACUGAGCCUGAUCAGUAGCACUUUAUUGCUUGUGUCCGUCAUUCAGAUUCACACCUCCUGGGAGCAUAGUGUGUUAACAGGGGGAAUAAAAUAACUUACUUCACUAGACAAGACGGAGAGAGGUGUGGCUUAUGCCACUCUAACAGAGCAUCCUGUUAAAGUCAUGGAUUUCUAUCUACUUUUUGUCUUCAGUGAGUUCUUUUCUGUAUGGAACAUUUGCACUUUUUAAAAACCUAUCAGGUUUGGCAGAUGGAAUGCUGUGUGUCCAUUGGUGAUGAAAAAGCAACAAUAUUGUAGCUGGAAGUAAUGUCAUUGUGCUGCUGUUCCAGUGAAGUAGUUCACCUGCUGCCCUUUGAAAAAAAGAUAUAAAUAAAUGCUGAAGUCACUAUGGAGAAAGACCUACGGCUGUAGUGAAGCAGUACUCUACACAAUGCCAAAUAUCACAGCACCUUGAGUUCAAUAUGAUUGGCCUUGUAGCGUUUUUACGUUUUAUUUUCUGAUACUGUGGAACUGACAGCUGUCGGUUGGAACACCAGCUCAGUGUGAAAUGUGAAGUGGAAAGGCUGGGGACAUGGCGUCUGGCAUCUAGGAUUUCUUUUGCACUCCACCCUGAUGCGAGGCCUCUGAUUCCUAUCAGCCCUGGACAAAAAUUGGGACUGGCCCUUGUCCCUGGAACUCAUCUCAACAUUCUUAAAAAGGCUGUUGUUGAUUGUCGAGGGACAACAUGAACAGAAAUCUUCUUCAAUUGAAACCAGACCUGGCUGUCGGUGAUUUGGCAUUUGCCGGGGUGCAUACAUGCCUAAAUCUGCCCACCCAACCUUUUCACUCCUUUCUGUCCACCCAGUUGCCCAGUAUGUAGUCUCCAUUUUUUUUUUCUCUGGCUGCAUGAUGAGAGCAUUGUGUGCAUGAUGGGACUUUUUUUCUCUUUGGCAGAGUGGAAGACACCCCUCUCUUCAGACUUGGAUCCCUGUUGUGCAGUGAAAAAUGGGUUGAAGGCUGUCACCGAUUCUCUGUAAAUGUGUACCUGUUUUGUGUUUUCAUUGUUGGAAGAAUCAAUAAAGUCCUUCAAUACA